AUGUAUGGACAUUAUUUCGUAUUGGCAUUCUUUUUGGCUGUGCUGUUAAGAGAUACAGCGCUGAAAGCCACAGAUGCAUCAUCUUCUGAAAACCGUCCUAGUCCAAAGAAGUAUAAAUCAGUUGCCAGUACAUCACAAUCGCACCAACAACAACAGAAUCCUGGUAUCUCUCAGCUUAUACCACCUCAUCAAGAUAAAAAUGCUGCAUUUCAACGAAUGUUUCAAAGAUUAAACGAAAAGAUUGAAAAGGCAAAAAUUGAAUCUGAAAAACGAAAAGAGGCAGGUAAAUUAAGAAAAACGGAUUUGGAUCUCGAACAAAGUUUUAAACAUUUGAAAAUUUCCAAAGAUUGA